AUGCUACAAAAAGAGGCGGAGACAGAGCUCAGCUUUCGUUUUUGCUACCCGAAACCCACAAACAAUAAACAGGAGAUGGAAUCGACUAUUCAGAGCAUCUCAAAUGCCCCCACCGCGGUUCAGGAUAAAAAGCAAGGGUUAUGGACCUGUGAGAUCUGCAACCAUCCGAUGGGAGAAGGGUCCCAACAGAGCCAUUUGGCAGGCAAGAAACAUAAGGCAAAGGCUCAAAAAAUUGAACAGCGGUCGAGCAAUGAAAACUCCCCCAGCGUCCAUGGAAAUCUAAUGGAAUUAGGAUCUCCCAAAACCGGAGCUCUAGCGAGGGAAGUAAUAACGGACCCUGUCAAACUUUCGUAUCUAAGGAUGAAACAACAAAUGGAGUUAUAUGGCUCUAGCCGUGAUACACGAGCUGUAUACCCAGAAACAGUAUUACAUGGCGAAGAGUGUGAAGGCGAUGAAAAUAGUAACUCGACCACUACAGAUAUCCCGUUGCCAAAACCAUCCCUACUUCAGCUUCGGAAAAAGUCCGAUUUAUAUAUUGCCCCUUUAAUAGAUCAGAAUAUCCCUUCUACACCCCCGGCUGCAGCUUUAGUAUCAUUGAAAGCAGCUCGACGGGUUCAAGAUUUUGGGAGCCUAAGCUACCCCGCCGAUAUUUUGUCGCCAGGUCUGUCUCAACACUCUGCUGGGAAUUUCAAAUACGAUAAAGAUUUUUUGAUGCAGUUUAAGAAUGUUGUUACGGAGAAACCUUUGAACUGGGACAAAAAGGUACACGGACUUUUCGGGGAUGGAGCCCCCUUGCCGGAGGCCGUCCGCGCUGCACUUGGUCUUACUACCUUGCCUAGUACUACACUCAGAAAACCCCGUACAAGUUCGGUAGCUGGCCAAUUACCUCUAAAUAUGAUGACUCCAUUGCAGAGAUUUCAGCUUUCUAGAGCCGGAUUGAGACCUGAGACAGGAACCAAUGCCACUAGCUCUGGGGUAGACAUAACUCGAAAAGGCCUAGAAAACUCACUGAAGGGCCCAGAGCCCGAUAAGUCUAGAUCUAGCAAAAGUUCUUCAUGGGGGAAUUGGAAGAAUGGAAAGAACACUAUCGAUGGGACCGAGCCUGAACAAGGAGAUAUUCCAAACCCGGCCCCACCAACCGCCGACUUUGGAAGCCCCCCCCAGAACAAUAGUUCCGAACGUGAAAUCACUCCUAUACCCGACAAUCCACCCUAUACUGCCCACAUCGGCAAUCUUAGCUUUGAUAUCGAAGUCCAAGAGAUCUCGGAUUUCUUCUCGGAGUGCGACGUUAAAACAGUGAGGCUUGUUCGAGACAAACCAAAUGAUCGCCCCAAAGGCUUUGGUUAUGUCGAGUUCAACACUAAGGAGGGCUUGAUUGCAGCCACAGAGCUUAAUGGAGUCAAGGUCUGCGGUAGAAAUAUUAGAGUUAACAUUGCAAGACCACCAAAAACAACCAAGACAGAUCAGGGCCCUGCCGCCGGAGGAUGGAGAGAUGCAGCAUCAACAAAUUUGGAAUCUCUGGUAAAUCAAACACCGAUAGUAGAGUUAUCAGCCGUGACGAGAGCACUUGAAGAAAGUGUAGGAAUACGGAGACUGAGCUUAGUAAAAGAGCCUCAGGUUACAGACCGCAUUGGAAGAUGGAGGAAUACAACACUGGAGAAAAAACCACCUCCAACGGAAAUAACACCGAAAUGGGAUUGUGUGAGCUGUGGUAUUUCGAUUGCUCUAGAUAAAAAAGAUAUCCAUCUUUUGGGGCAUUCUGCGAGGCUUAAGAAACAGCAGCAACAAAGAUUAGGGAGUAACUCAAACAUCCGGAAGGGUGAACGGCGCCGAUCUUCGCUGAUACGUGGCGAGAUUGAGACCGCUGAAGAAGGUGAUAUCGAUAUCUGGGGUGGAAAACCAAGUGAUGAAACGUUCAGUAAUUGUGAUUGGGAGUCUUAG